AUGUUUUUGCAAUUUUUAAAAAAGUAUCCAAAUUUAACAGACAGACAGACAGACAGACAGACAGACAGACAGACAAAUAAAUAGAUCAACAGAGAAAGACACAAACCGCCCACUUAUUUUACUUAAGUAUAUUUUAAGAUAAUUGUAAAUACUUUUCUAUGCAGUAAUGCCAAUCAAAGAUAAAAUUAAAACUUUUAUUUCAGGGAGAAUAGAGAACUUAGAUAAAAAAUUCAUAAUUCAAAAACCAAAAAAAGCAAAAAACAAAAGCAAAAAUAAAUAAUUAGACCAAAAAAAAAAAACUAAAUGAAAUAUUACUUAUAUUUUAAUUAAUUUACAUUACUUGUUAAAAAUUCUUUAAAAGCAAUUGCAAAUAAUCUAAAUAACAAUAACUUAAAAAAUAAAUAAAUCAAUUUUUAACUUACAAAGAACAAACAUUUAAAUAUAAUUUCAACUUGUAAGGUAAAUUGGAUAAGUAUAAAUUAUAUUAAUAUAAAAAUGUUUACAGAAGAAAAAUUUUCUUUAAAAUUAGUCUGCCUCUUUGAUAUUUAUAAAAUUAUUUUGCUUAUUUUCUUUGUUUACAAGUAACAUUUUAAAAAUGAGUAAAUUUUUAACAUAUUAAGGUAAAUAAAUAUUGGAUUUGAUUUUGCUUUUAUAGAAAUCAAUUUAUUGAUAUAUUGA